GCAGAAAGGAAGGACUCCGACCAUGCAUGGAUGGACCGUCGCCUUGCAUGAGGCAACUUCCUUGCUGACCAGAAGUGCAACCUUCCGGCAUGGCUUCAAAUUGCGCGUGCUCGAUGAUCACUCCAUGGAAUCAUUGAACCGCAGUAUUGCCGUGAACCUUUGGUCGCCGUCUCUGCCAUCAGCAAUCCGGAAAAGGCUCUGCCCGACCUAGCUGCACAAGAGCGGGUUGAACAAACUUGCACCACGCUGUGCGGGUUGGUUGCAAGCUGCGUUGAUGCAUUUCUGAGCAUUUGAUGCAGGGCUGAUCGGACAUUACAAUCCAGAUUGUGACCUAUUUUGUUUAUCUGGCUUGCAGAGCUUACCGCGCUAGAGCUGCAAACUCUUCAAGAGAAUGCCGGCUGUUGCCUUGCAGAAAAGGCUGCUGACCAACGUGCAUUCAGGCAUUCUUCAAGCUGCAUUCCGCAGGCCCUUGUACUGCAGUGCACCAGUGCUGGUCACUCAUCUUCGGAGAAACUAUCAGCAUACAAACCCGCCUGCCAUUCCAGGCCAGCUGAUUUCUGGUGCGUUAGCUGCUUUGGAAGUUGGUGGAAAUUGUGGGACUUGCCACGAUUCGAGAAGCUUUGCUACAGUGCCGAGCUCCGGCAGAGUCGCGAUGGCAGCUGCAGGCGGGGGCCGUUCCGUGCAGAGGAUCAUAACGUCCAUCAAGACAACAGAGGGAGGCGGGUUCAAGAUCAACCGACCAUUCCCCACCCGGGCCCUUGACCAGUUUGACCCCUGGCUCAUGCUCGAUGAGAUGGGCCCCAUAGAGUACGGGCCGGGAGAGGCGCUCGGGGCUCCUGACCACCCUCAUCGCGGUUUUGAGACCAUCACUUACCUCCUUGAUGGCGCCUCAACUCACAAGGACUCAGCUGGCUUGACAGGGUCCAUGAAAGCGGGGGACGUGCAGUGGAUGACUGCGGGCAGCGGGGUGGUGCAUUGUGAGAUGCCGUCAGAGGAUAUUCUGAAGGAGGGGGGCCGCGUACACGGCUUCCAGAUCUGGCUCAACCUGCCCAAGCGCGACAAGUGGAUCCAGCCCCGGUACCAGGACACCCGGUCGGAGGACAUCCCUGUUGUGGAGACUGCGGAAAAGUCGGUGUGGGUCAAGGUGAUUGCCGGGGAGAGCAUGGGCACCAAGGCCGUCAUUGAGACGCGCACGCCCAUCCUGUUCCUGCACUGCAAACUGCAGCCCGGGGCCUCGUUCACACAGGAGGUCCCCUCUAGCUACAAUGCGUUUGCUUACCUCAUCGAGGGAGAAGGCGUGUUCGGCAACGGCAAGCACGCCACCGCCAAGCAGGCGGUGUUCUUCGAGCGGGACGGCGACAGCGUGACGGUCAAGAACGACGAGACGGCCAAGGAGACGCUGAGCCUGUUGCUGCUGGCCGGCACGCCGCUAAACGAGCCCAUCGCCCGGUACGGGCCCUUUGUCAUGAACACGCAGGAGGAAAUCCAGCAAGCCUUCACGGAUUUCCGGGCGGGGAGGAUGGGCAAGAUCAAGCACCCCGAGGCCGCUCGGUAGGAGCAGCUGGUGUUGUUUGGACUCCUCGGCGUCUGUGUAAUCCGUGACUUUCAAUACAGGCCGGUCCGUUCUGGAGGGUCGGCCGGAAGAGUCCAAAUCCCCGAAACUUUGUACAUAGGUAGCGGACUGUUCAUGUUGAGAACGCAAAGCAAAGGUCUUGCAGACGGGUACUCCAACCGUCCGAGUAAAACGAUAUGGGAUUGGGAUACUACUACGGCUUCGCCAGACAUUCUAGCUCUUCCAAAGUUCGAGUUGUAUAAUCGAGCUGGCAUGUCGAACACCCGUGACUGUAGGUGAAAGAAAGUUGGAUCUGCACUGCCUGCUACAGUGCGCCGAGAUUUGUAGUGUAUCAAGCUAACCUAAGUUGCAGGGCCUCGGAGCAGAUCACGUGUGGCGCGGUACGUGUGUUCUGCAGAGUUUGAGGCCGCCCCGCUCACAUACAUAUAAGCCCA